AUGCCAACGCGAUUGCCUCACACUGCUGCUACUCGACACGAGCGCAAUACAAGCUCUAUAAACAUCGGCGGUGGCUUCAAUGACAGCGAGCAACCAAGCCGAAUUAUCGGGUGGGCACACCCCGAGCUGAUCGCACUGUUCAAAUAUGCGGGCACGUCACUCUUUGUCGACGGCACCUUUCGACGUGCUCGUGGACAACAACGUGAGACGAUUCAGUUGCUAAGGGCGAUUGAGCUGCCGACGGAGUCUGACGACUCCAGCUCCGACGAAGAUGACGAAGCAAUGCAGGACUCAGAUAGUGGUGCUGAUAGCAGCAGCGACCACGGCGCUCCAACCGAUGCAGGCGAAUAUGCUGAGAACGAGGUGACAUCUGCAGUUGUCUAA